AAGAAGAAGACAUAAUCAAUUAUUUUUUGCAAGAUACUAUUCAAUCAAAGGAUUUUCUUUUAUGAAAAUUUUCUAUUAAUGCAUUGUGCAAAAGUUUUAAUAAUAUAUAUAUGAUAUGUUCGAGAAAUUGGAUAAUAAAUUAGUAAGAUCUAAUUUAUAAGUUAUAAUAAAUUAUUAUGUCUCAAAGAAGUAAAGUGAUACAAUUGUAUAAAACGCUUUUGUAUAUGGGACAUGAUCAUCCAAAAGGUUAUGAAUAUUUCAGAACAAGAUUAAGAAGAGCAUUUAAUAAAAAUAAAGAAGAAUGUAAUCCUGAGCAAAUUGAUAAAAUGAUAGAACAUGGAAAUUAUAUUAUAAAAGACAUGGCUGUAUGUGUGGCUGUUAUUGGAAAAGAUAAUUCUCCCAAGUAUAUUAAAUGUGCAGACGAAGCCCUUGCAUUGCAAUUUCAUUAUAAAGUGCAUACAUCUAUUGAUAUUAUAGAAGAAAAGUUAAACAUAGGAAACAAGACAGCGGUUGAUAUUCGUGAUUUAUAUUUAGGUUUGUUACUUACCACGGAAGAGUUCAAAAUCUAUGGUUAUGCUACGAAUACAAAAAUUAAAUUUGUGAUAGUAUUACAAUCAUCUAAUAUAUCAUUUCGAGAUAAUGAAGUAAAGACGAUAUUUAAAAAACUACAUACUGCCUAUUCCAAUGCAGUUUGUAAUCCAUUUUAUGUGCCAGGCAGUUCAAUCAACUCUAAGUCAUUUGAUUCAUCUGUAACGGAGAUAAUGGGAAUUAUAUAAACUCAUACAUUCUUUUAUAUAAAAUUACUUUACCAAUGUUAUUGAUUCAUUCUUUGACUUUUAUCUAUAAAUAAAUAAUAUAUAAUAUAAUAGUAUAUUAUAAUUUUCUAAAGCAAAAAGAAUUAUUAUAAAAUAAUGUUAAAUAGGAUUUUUUUUAUUUGUAAAUUCAAUCGAGUUGCAUCAUAUACAAAUUGAUAGACCAUUUUUUUUAUAUUUGUAUAAUGUAAUUUGAUUAUGGGAUGAAUGAAUGAAAUAAAUGAUUAUGAGAGUAGCACAUUGAAGUUGGUUACUCAAUGUUGUUACUUCGAAUAUAUUAACUACUUGUAAAAAAAAAAAUAGAUGAUACUAUAUGAUAGAAAAAUGAUACUAUAACAAAUUUAUUAUACAAUUAUAUUCAAACAUACAACAUUAAGUAAACAACCAUUUAAGUGAUAAC